AUGCCUCGCGCAAAAAAUCAAGGGUCCUCAGAGCCCAAGCGACGCAGUCGCACUGGCUGCUGGCCAUGCAAAUCCCGCAAGGUGAAGUGCGGCGAGGAACGUCCGUUCUGUCAAAACUGCUUGAAAACUGGUGACACCUGUGACUAUAAGAUCAGGCUGAACUGGGAAGGCCGAAGGAUCAAGCGCCGAAGCGGUGCUGACGAAGUCGACGGGGAAUUUCUUUCGCCAACUCUGUUCAGCAACGAGUUUAUACAAACACAGGCCCCAUACACUACGACUGUUGUGGUAAAGAAAAAGGCCAAGUCUAUGGACGACGCCUUUUCUCUGGAUCGGACACCCGCGGACAUCCGAUUUGCCGCCGGUGUUGAAACCAUCGACACAACCACCACGACACAGUAUAGCGGCACCGCGCAAAGCCCAUCAUCGAUAUUUUCGAUCAACGAAGAAGCCAUCACCUCUUUAUCUGAACAAAGCGAUACUCUGAUGGAGCCAUAUUACCUGGAACAGGCCCCAUCUCCCGGAGAUAUGCAGUGGUCUAGCACAUGGAACAACGCGGGAGUUAUGAUGGGCUGCAUGACUUCCACUUCGCCACAACUGUCAAGAGUGGCAUCUUGUACUAGCGAUGAGAUGGCGCUUAAAUCGAUCUGGGUAGAUCCUGCAGCUGUUGAGACGUCUGAUCGUAGGCCCAGCGUUGAUGACACAGGAACUGACGCUGUAGAAUGCCCAACCCGCCUCUCGUACAUGGCCCAAGUCGGCUACAGUAGUGCACCCACUUGUAGCAUGAUGUGUCUCGUGAGCGGGAAGCCAUGGAUGAUGUCCAUGGGAGACAUGAACGGCACCCUGACCGGAACUGGAAACUUUGACAUGGUACCUGAGCAGGCAGCGGCGGCGACGGAGAUUCCGGCUUGGAUACUCAGGAGCGACUACCAGCAAACGAUCAACUCGCUGCCGAAAGGGAUAGCACCUAUCCCAGACAAAUUGAAGGAUGAGACAAACAUGAUGUUCUUCGACCACUUUGUCAAUUAUACAGCGAAGGUCAUGGCACCCUACCACAACAAAGAAGCUAAUCCAUUUAGCAAUUCUAUGCCCGCCAUUGCAUUCCAAAGCGACAUUCUACUGAGCCUGAUGUUGGCUUUUGCAGCUGUACAUCGGUCGCAAGUCUUGCGUAUGAUGGAGCCUGAGCUGCGAAUUGCCGAAUGGGCAGAGGAUAUCUUCUGCGUCCUGAGAGUAAAGCUCAGUGACCAAAGCAAGCCAGUAUCGGACGAUACUUUGCUGUCAAUGGUGCUGCUGACAUCUCUCGAAAAGUCAUCCCCAAGUACCUUUGGAGCCUGCAUACCCUGGCAAAAGCAUCUAAAUCUCACACGCAGUCUCAUGGAUAAGCGUGUUGAAAGUAUGCGCGCUCAAAACGGAAAGAAUGAGGAGCUUUCUUUCAUUUUCAGCUGGUUCUCGUAUCUUGACGCCAUGGGCCAAAUCAGCACCAGCCCGUUUACAGCGGGAAUUCCGGAGCAGACUGGUCCGUUUGACCUGUUGCAGAGGAUCAACGUCGAGGACGAAGAGGAGUUUGACUGUGUGAUGGGUUUCACGACGCGCUGCGGGCAGCUUCUCGCAGAGCUAGCUUCCCUGAUCAGGCAAUGCCCCAGUGUGGAACAGACAGAGGACACCACCAUGCAAGAGGCGGCACUGGACCUCGAGAGUAGGUUUAAGGAAAGCAUGACGAAGCCAGUCAAGGUUUGCCACCAUCUCCGGAAGAACAAGAUUGACAUGAGAAGCCUUACCGAGAUGGACGCUGCCAACCAAGCUUUCCAUUGGGCUGGCGCUGUGUAUCUACGCCGCCGCAUCCUACGCAAGGGUUCUGGAGACGAGGAGGUGCAAGAUGGGGUCCAGAGAAUAUGGGAGUGUAUUCAACAUAUACGCAGAGAAAAGGAAGCGGAUACGGCAUGCUUGUUUCCCCUCUUCAUUGCUGGCUGCGAAACAAAUGACGACGCCCAGCGCAAGCUCAUUCUCGCCCGACUCAAGAGCGCAGAGAAAAGCGGCAUGAAACAGGUCAAACGCGCCCGCAAGCUCAUGGAGUCUUCCUGGCGUGACGGCCAGCCGUGGUACAGCUUGAUUCAAGAUGAAUUUCUUGGAUAA